CAUUGUCCGCCAUCGAUCACCGCCAUCGCCCUGACGACAUUCUUGUGUCGCGGGACUGCAGCCGGGGACAAAGGGGUUUGGGAGGAGAGAUAAACAUUGGGUGAAGGACAUCUUCUCUUUGGAGAAGUAGUGGUGGCGACAAUUUUCCAGCGCCGCGCAUUGCGACGCGAUUGAGCGACAACAGCACACGCGAGUACCGACGAACACGAGCACACACGAACACGAUGGCGGCGAGGACACACACACAAGGCCAACGGCACGACCGAAUAGGCGAUGAUGCGACACCACAGCGGACACCGCCCUCACCGGCGCUGCGUACGGCAGAUCCAGAAAGCUCCCUGUCGCAAAAGCUGAUGUCUGCAGUCGUCGGCUCUGUAAUGACCUCCUUAGUUGUCACACCGCUCGAUGUGGUCCGCGUACGACUGCAAGCACAGAAAAGUCCGUCUCCCACCGCGAAACUUCCCUCCUUCCUGCAGCUUCCUCCCAACCUCGGCGUGACGGCGUGUUGUCGGGAGGUGUUCUGGGUGCAAAAUCAAUCACAAUUCUGCGUUGCGGCACCGUCCCAAGCCGCCGUCGUAGAACCAGUGAUCUCUGACUGUGCUGCAGCAGAGACUCAAAAGAGGACGAUUAAUUCCACAUUCGAUGGACUCCGAAAGAUUGCGAGGAAUGAGGGUAUCUCCACAUUAUGGCGAGGACUGAGUCCGACACUCGCCAUGGCGAUCCCUGCCAAUGUCAUAUACUUCGCAGGAUACGAUUGGUUACGAUGGAAUCCGAAUAGUCCGAUGAAGAGCAGAGUGAGCGAGGACAUGGCGCCGCUGGUGGAUGGAGCGAUUGCCCGUGUACUUGCGGCAGGCGUGGUCAGUCCAAUCGAAAUGUUGCGGACACGAAUGCAGGCAGUACAGUCAGAGGGAACAGGCGGAAGAGGCGUGAUGCGGGCAACAAUUGGCGGACUCUCCGAUAUGGUGCGGGACCAAGGAGUGCAUACCCUCUGGCGAGGCAUCACUUUGACCUUCUGGAGAGAUGUGCCCUUUUCAGCAUUUUACUGGUGGGGCUAUGAAUGGGGCCGAAAGAAGCUGGAUGAGAGCCGGGCAAUCAACACUCCACUGACCGGACCAUCAUCGAACGCCCAGCUAUCGAGCACUCAACUCCUCUACGAUUCAUUCUUGGCUGGAGCUGGAUCUGGUGCGAUUGCAGCAUUCGUCACGACGCCAUUCGAUGUCGGCAAGACACGGCAGCAGACUGUCAUGGACUCGAGCAUGUCUGCUGAGAAGCGUGCAUCCUUACCAGAAGGCAAAGCGAUGCCCAAAUUUCUCUACCAUAUCUACCGCACCGAAGGCUGGUCUGGACUCUUCAAGGGCUGGGCCGCUCGAACCAUGAAGGUUGCACCUGCUUGUGCUAUCAUGAUCUCCAGCUAUGAGGUUGGGAAGAAGUUGGCCGUGGCAGCGAAUAGAAAGAAAGAAGAAGAGCGCGAAGCGAAGCAUGGAUUGAUCAAUCCAGAAUAAAACGGAGGUGAGGGGCGACUUUUUGAAGGCAUUUUGCAGCGUUCUGAGCGUUUCAUUGCAUGGCAUACAUCAAAACGGGAGUGGGGGAGCAAAGUCUCAUCUCUCGAGGGACUACUUUGCGAAAAGUGUAACAACAGUAAUCACAGUCAAGGCAGAGCAAAGCAAGGCAAAGCGCUGCUCAGAUCAACAUUUCAUUUCAUUUCAUCUCAAUACUACGGAAUGAGUAUGUUUCCUCUGUCCCCAGUUCGACCAUUCUACCUUCGUCCUUGUCUAUGACCGAGGGGCAUGUGCACGAAUACGAGGAUGGCAUUGCCCACUAAUGCAGCUGUACCAAACUUCUUGUUGCGCCAGAAACUGGUGAGGAAGAAGGCAAGGCUUGAACCUGGAACUUGGGUCGAGACAUGCUUCUCGAGUGCAGCAUUCCCAGAUUUCAUUCUCUCGUGCUCGAACGUUUCCAGGUUUCUGUGAAGACGUGGUUGAGAGACAACAAGUUCAGGAA